GGCCAGGCCGCUAACACGCAGUAGUAAGAGAGAAAUAACAAGUCGACUGCGUACUUACCAAUAUACUACAUUGAACAUAGUGUGUCGCCCGACUGCUGCUGUAUACGUACGAAUACUCCCGUAGUUUUCCUCAGCGCGUUCAUUGUUUUGCGAACGUCGAGUACUGUCGCUUUUCGAUCCGCGCGUUAAUGGCCGUGCUUGCGGUCUACGUCUCAAUAGCUCGUUGACGGUCUAUCACGAAUCAACUAUCGCUCGUAGAACCGAGCUCGACAGUCGAUAAGGGAUCAAGUGUCAUCCUUCUACGCCAGUGUGUGUAAAGGUUGCCUUCCCGUGACAUUAUUUCACCGUAAUUUCACUCUAAAAUCUCUCUCGCGCUCGCGCCCCGGAUUACGUUGGACUACUGCGGAAUCGUUGCUCGAACGAAUUGUACCCCCGUACACGAUUAUUAACGCACACCUCGAGUCAAUUUUCUCGAUCGCAACUCGCUCAGUGACCGCACAUACAUCGAUAUACAUCAUCAUGAAGAGAUUCUGCGUUCUGCUCUUGGCUCUCGCCUGCUUCCUCGCUCCGAUCAGUGCUGACAGCCUCAAAUGUAAUUUGAAGCCUGCUGAUGUUCCUACAGCAUGGAAGGAUAUGGUUAACCCAUGUAUCCAAGUCCUUGAGGCUCAAGUAAAAACUGAAAUUCAGGCUUCUAUGACUUAUUUGGCUAUGGGAGCACAUUUUGCAAGGGACACUGUCAAUCGUCCUGGCUUCAGCAAAAUGUUCUUUGAAGCUGCUAAUGAAGAACGUGAGCAUGCCAUUAAAGUCAUAGAGUACUUGUUAAUGCGUGGCCAGUUGACCAGCGAUGUAAGCAAGUUGCUCAAGUUCCCACUGAAACCCCUGCGCGAAGAAUGGAACAGUGGUGUAGAGGCUCUUACUGAUGCCUUGAACCUCGAAACUUCAGUCACCAAAAGCAUUCGUGACAUCAUUAUGACUUGCGAGUCUCCCAAAGAUAUUCCUUUCAAUGAUUAUCAUCUGGUUGACUACUUUACUGCUGACUUUUUGGAUGAGCAGUACAAGGGCCAACGGGACUUGGCUGGUAAAAUCUCUACACUUGGAAAGAUGAUGGCUACUCAUGGAGCUAUUGGCGAAUUUCUAUUUGAUAAGAAACUUCUUAAUGGAGAAUUGUAGAAACUUUUUCCUUUUACAGUUAAAAAAUUGUGAAUGAAUGUAUUAAAAAAUUAUAAGAAAUUUACUUACAGCAUAAUACAUUUAUUAUUUAUUUGGCCAAGAUUUUUUUUCAAAUGAAUAAUGUAUUCUAAACAUCAUUGAACUGAAAGAUUUAAUUAAUGAUAGUUAUUGUAUAAAGGACAUUUUAUAUAAAUAGUUUGUUAAUUCCUGAUCAAAAUGUUAUCUAUACUUAUUAUAAAAAUAAAAUAUUUUCAUUGCCAAUAAAAUUUUGUUUAUUAAACUUU